AUGUUUUUAGGGCGGCCUGCCGUUGAGGCGAGGCCGUUCUCGGAUCUGAGCCGGAGCGAGAGCCGAAGUGGCGUUGGCGUUGGGGGAGAGGGCUGCGAGUCUCCGUCUUCGAAAUUGGACGCGUUGAUCGACAGUUUUUUGGAGGAUCCGCUGGGCGAGUUGGGCGAGCCCGUCGUGGGACGCGAGGGUGGUCGGGGCGUUGCGUCGGCUGGAGCCCGUGAUUCCGCGCGCCUGGGAGACCUGGAGACGCCGGGGGCGGUUGCGGGUUUCGGCUCGGGGGAUGAGGCGUCGGAGGUGCGAUCUGAGAAGAGCGGCGACGAGUUGCGGCGAGAGGCGGGCGAGGGGGACGCGAGGGUUUGCGAGGCGAGCGAAGACAUGGACUGGUGGCAAAUAGCUGAUCAGAUAGAGGAGCAGGCGUUGAAGAGUCCGGCGCCGGUGCACCCGGACGGUUUCAGAGAGCUGAAUGCUUUGCCGUAUUGCGAGGACGGGAAUCUGCUGGUGUAUUGGCUCGAUAUUCACGAGGAUCCGUUUCAGUCUCCUGGAACGCUUUAUUUGUUCGGGAGGGCGCAUUGCGGGGACAAGACGGACAGCAUUUGCGUGAUCGUUGAGAACGUGGAGAGGACGCUUCACAUACUGCCCAGGCCCGGGGUGACGUGCGGCGAUGUCCGAGCCGAGUUCGAUGAGGUGAGGAAGAGGCACAAGAUAUCGACCUUCAUGUCGAAGGAGGUGGUCAAGAGGUACGCUUUUCAGGAUCUUCGCGUUCCCAGAGGCGAGAGCGUGUUCCUCGAGGUGUUGUAUCCGUACAGUCAGCCGCCCGUGCCCGCUGGUGUGGAGGGGAGGACGUUUAGCCAUGUUUUCGGGGCCAACCGGACAGCGUUGGAGACCUUCAUUGUGCACCGGAGGCUUAUGGGGCCGGGAUGGCUGGUCGUCAAAAACGCGCGGCGUCCGUGCGCGCCGCGGACUUGGUGUCAUUGGGAGUGCUUGGUGCUGUCUCCCGCGGACGUGGAGGUGGCCGCGUUUCCCUCUACCGCGCUGAACGUGGAGGGCGUGCACCGUUCGCUGCCGGUCGCGAACACGUCGGUCCGCCUUUUGCCGACGCCGUGCCUCAGGGUGAUGAGCGUGAGGGUGCAGGGGAUCAUGAAUUACCGGACUGGGCAGAACGAGGUCGAGUUGGUCAGCUGCUUCGUGCAUUCUCGAUUGGACACCGAAAAUUCGACGCUGAUUUCCAAAAAAAGCUACGAUCAGGGUUUGUCCAGCUUCACGAUCGUGCGCAAGCUGUCGGGCGUCUCGCUGCCGGCCGACUACGAGUCCGCGCUCGAGAAGAGGGGCAUCCAGGUCGAGCCGACCGAGCGCUCGCUCUUGAUGCUGUUGACGUCGAAGAUUCAGCGCUGCGACCCGGACGUGCUGGUGGGGUACAAAUUUGCGGAGCAGGACCUCUAUUUGCUGCUGCACCGGAUGCAAGUGUGCAACGUCCAGACGUGGUCGAAGCUGGGGCGCCUGCGCAAGUCGAACAUGCCGAGGUUGCAGCGAGGAGCGGCGGAUCACGGCUACGACUCGGUGUGGGCCGUGCAGCAGGCGACGGCGGGCCGAUUGGUGUGCGACGUCUACCUGUCCGCUCUCGAGUUCGAAAAGUCGCGGAAGGAUUGCUCCUUUUCCUCGUUGGUGUCCGAGAAGCUCGGCGCGAAGCACACGCAGGUGGACCAGGAGCAGAUUCCGGAUUGCUUCGCGACGUCGGAGCAGAUGUUGGCGCUCGGCGGACACGUCGCCAACGAGGCGUUUCUGGCGUUUCAGCUGGCGCUCGAGAUGGACGUUCUCCCCCUGACGCGACAGCUGACCGAAAUCGGGGGGAACCUCUGGUCCAGGUCGCUGAGCGGCGCCAGAGCGGAAAGAAUAGAGUAUCUGCUUCUGCACAAAUUUCACGAGCUCAACUACGUCCUGCCGGACAAGGUGAAGUCGGAGGACCCCGCGAACAGGAAGAAGCGCAAAGUCCCGGCCUACCAGGGCGGACUCGUCCUGACGCCGAAGUGCGGGUUUUACGACCAGUUCGUUUUGCUGCUGGACUUCAACUCUCUCUAUCCGUCCGUCAUCCAGGAGUACAACAUUUGCUUCACGACCGUGGAGCGCAACUCGGGCGAGGGCGGGGAGUGGGCGUCCGCGGAGCCGCCGGGCGAGUCCGUGCAGCAGGGCGUUUUGCCGGUCGCCAUCGGUCAGCUCGUCCAGAAGCGACGCGAAAUAAAGCUGCGACUGGCGAAAGAGGCCGACGAGGGCAAGCGAAGGCAGCUUGACAUCAGACAGCUGGCGGUCAAACUCGUAGCGAACAGCAUGUACGGCUGUCUGGGGUUUCCGAACUCGAGGUUCUUCGCGAUGCCGCUGGCCGAGCUGAUCACGCGCAAGGGGCGCGAGGCCCUGUUGAAGGCUCAGGAAAUCGCGGUCAACAUGGGCACGGAGGUCAUCUACGGGGACACGGACUCGAUCAUGAUUCACACCCGCAGCUGUGACUAUCGCCACGUGCUGACCGUGGGGAACGCCCUCAAAAAGCACAUAAACGUGCUCUUCAAAAAGCUAGAAAUCGAAAUCGACGCCGUCUUCAAAAGCAUUUUGCUUCUCAAAAAAAAAAAAUACGCCGCUCUUUUGUGCGGGCCGCUACGCCAGGACGGGACGUGCGAUCUGACGGUGCAAUACAAAGGCCUGGACCUCGUCCGACGCGACUGGUGCGAGCUGGCGUCCGACUUGGGCCGCGCGGUCCUGGACCAAAUACUCUCUGACAAACGCAAAGAGGACGUCGUCGACGGCAUACACUCGCUCCUCAUAGAGAAGGCCGCCCAAGUUCACUCGGGCCUCGUCCCGCUGCAAAAAUACGUCAUCAUAAAAGCGCUGAACAAGCGUCUCGAAGACUAUCCCAGCAACAACGUCCAGCCUCACGUCAAAGUCGCGUUCGACCUGCAACGAGAAGGCAAGUCGGUGAGUCCCGGACACAUGAUUCAAUACGUCGUAUGCCUGAAGCCCCAAGAGACUGCACUCGUCGGCGCGGAGUGCCCAGACAGCUCGUCCUUCGCUUCUCGCUCGUUUCACCCGGACCACGUCCUGCGCGCCAACCUCACCGUGGACUACGAAUGGUACCUGUCCAAGCAAGUCUAUCCGUCGCUGCUGCGUCUCUGCGAAUUCGUCGAGGGCGUCGACUCGCUAGUUCUCGCCCGCUGCUUGGGCAUCAGCCUGCAUCGGCCCGCGUCUCAGCCGGCGCACCAAAGCGCGUCGGCCGGCAAAGGCGCGUACCUGGACGCCUUCGAGGAGGCGCCAGCGUACGGAGAGGUCGAGGAGUGGACGGUGGCCUGUCCCCACUGCGCUCAGCCGUCUCGGUUUUCGGGUACAGACUUCGCGGAAGAAACGGCCAAGAACUGGCACAGCGCGAACUUCAGGGUCGUCGCCGAGCAGUUCUACUCUUCUCUGAAUUGCCCUGCGUGCAAGGCGGACUACGGCGAGCGCUUUCUGGUCAACAACCUCGUGUUGUUCAUGAGGAGUUUGCAGAAACGGUACUACCUCUCGCCGUUCGUGUGUACGGACGUCGUGUGUGGCAACUCGGCUCUGCACCCGACCUGUUGGAAGCGAGACGUUCCGCGGUGCACCUCGUGCCUGAACCCCAUGGCCGCAAGCUACAGUCACUCCGCGCUGUACAACCAAAUGCUAUACUUGCGCGAGUUGACGGACGCAAGGCUCUCGCUGAAGAGAGUGAGCGAGCUGUCCGAACCGCUUAAGCGGCGCCUGCUGGACCAUCCGAAGCGGGCCGUGUUCGAGGCUCUGAACGCCAAGGUCAGGGCGACGCUGAACAGCAGUCGAUACGCCUGGCUCGAGUUGGACCAGGUUUUUUCGUUUUACGGCGCGUCUCCGAACGCGUCAGAACGCUCGGUGUGCUCUGACGAAUGA